AUGAGCGACGGCGAACUCUCGGGUGAUGGACAUGCAGGGGCUGAGGGACCAGUGAUGGAGGCGGGCAUCAAAGAGCUAGAUGGAGGUGGAGGGGACACUGUGGAGGGAGCUGCCAAGGACGAAGAUGGUGGGGCCAAGGGCAGUGCAGGUGGAGCCACGAUGUUGGCCUUCCCCUCUGAUCUCCCUCAGAGAUUCUUCAUUGGAGGGAGGCUUAUAUUUGGUCCAGAUGUGAGGUCACUGGUGCUGACAAUAUUUCUAAUUGUAACCCCAGUUAUCCUGUUUGCUGUGUUUGUUUCGCAAAGACUGGUUGAUGAGUUCGACAACCAUCUUGGUCAUAUUGUUGUAGCUAUAGCUAUUUCCUUUGCAGCAUACGAUAUUUUUCUCCUCUUUCUUACUUCUGGCAGAGAUCCAGGCAUUAUUCCUCGAAAUGCACACCCUCCAGAGCCAGAAUAUGAUGAUGGUGUCUCAGACUGGGGUGGAAGUCAGGGUGGUGUCUCAACUUUGCCACCCACCAAAGAUAUUAUUGUGAACAACGUUGUUGUCAAGGUCAAAUAUUGCCAUACAUGCAUGCUAUAUCGCCCCCCUCGAUGUUCCCACUGCUCAAUCUGCAAUAACUGUGUGGAACGUUUCGAUCAUCAUUGUCCUUGGGUUGGCCAGUGUAUUGGAAAGAGGAAUUAUCGCUACUUUUUUAUGUUUGUGUCCUCCACAACCCUGCUAUGUCUUUAUGUGUUUGCCUUCUGCUGGGUCAACCUCACAAAGAUCAUGGAAGUAUAUGAAUGUAAUCUGUGGAAAGCAGUUAUUAAAUCACCAGUUACUGGUGUUCUUAUUAUAUAUACAUUCAUAGCAGCUUGGUUUGUUGGAGGGUUAACAGCCUUUCACCUUUACUUAAUUUGCACCAAUCAGACCACCUACGAGAACUUUCGAUAUCGCUAUGAUAGGAAUAAGAAUCCCUAUAACCGCGGAUGCGCCCAAAAUGUCAUCCAGAUCUUCUUCUCAAGGAUUCCCAAGUCCAGGAAUGAUUUCCGAGCUAAGGUGAAAGAGGAUUCGGCCAUAUUCAACUCUUCACACUCUCUAGGGCGCAUAAUGAGCCCCGCCAAAAUGAGCUUUGACUUCGAGAUGGGUGUGAAAAGACAGGCUGUAGUUGCAGAGGAGUUUGAAGAUAUACAGAGCCAGCUUGGGAGUGCGAGGGUAUUGGAAAGAUGUGGCACCGAGCCAUUACACUCAAACUGGGGUAGUCACAAGGGCAGCUGGGAAAUAACUCAUGAUAUAGAUGCAUUGGCUGCUGAGUAUGGAAUAGAAAAUGUAUUCACUGACAGAGAAAAGAUUCAAAGACAUCCUCUAGAUGACAUUUGAAAGGCUUGUCUCUGUGAAAUUGUUGCCGCUGAUCCAGCACCAACCCAGGAGUUAUGAAAACCAGGAUGGAGGCGUGGUUCUGAAUCCUGCGGGUGGGAGGAGGGUGUUUCUUGUUCUUUAACUCUUAGUGAAUGGCUUUUAAUGUUGAAUAGUUAUAUCAUGUCAGGAUGGCACUGAACACAAGCAGUUGCUUAUAAAGCUGGAGAAAUUUGUAAAUGUCUUCAAGGAGAUAAAUGUUGUUCCUGUGGUAACUUGUGGUUUUGUGUACCGAUAUGCUUAUAACCAGCUAAAGAUGAUAGCACCUCUUACUGAAUCUUAA